AUGGCUGGGCACCAGGUCGAGGUUCUUCUGCUACUGUUGCUGCUGCUGGUGUCUGCACAGGGAUGGAAGCGGAUCAACGAGAGUGAACUUCUCAGUUUAUACGAUGAUGGUGGCGACUAUGAUGAAGAAUUUCCUGAUUUAGUCUUUGCAGCAGCAGGUGUCACCACCAGCGAAGACUUUGACCCGUUCGCUGAUCAUGAACUCCAGGAACAUCCAGGUUCCAGGACCUGGGCCGAGUCUGUAGAUGCUCCUCCAAGGAACUGGUCCGGCAGCACCAGUCAAAGCUCUGACCUUGACGUGGUCUGCAGUGACGCUGGCUUCCAAAUCACACUGCCAACAAGUGAUUUCAGUGAGGUUACAGUCUUGGGCUUAAGGAACCCGCUGUCGGUCAUGGAUGCUCCAGAUUACUGCGGUUAUGAUGUGAACCCUUACGAAAACACAUUGACUGUACCCUUCACUGGGUGCAAUGUGAAGCGAAAAAAUGAUGGCUACAGUCUACAGCUGAUAUACAUUGACGGGUUUGGUCGGACAAGAGUUUCUGUCGCCACGUGUGAGGAGAGCCCAAAGCUUGACAGUGGUCUGGACCUUCGUGCCCUGAGUAAACCUGCAAUGUGCCCCGUCGCAAAAUACUGCGCCGUCUGUCCUGGUGAGCGGUUGCCUUGUGGUGAGAAAGGAAUAUCCACCUCAGACUGUGUGAAGAUGGGAUGCUGUGUGGAUGUAUCUGAAUCCACCUGCUACUACCCAGUCGAUGAGUGCACUGGGGACAAACACUUUGUUUUUGCCAUUUGGGCGAACUCUGUAUCGCCCCCUUUGGACCCUAAAGAACUUGUUAUUCCUGGGAAUCCCGACUGUAAACCAGUCAUUGCUAAUGAGAAGCUCGCCAUCUUUAAAUUCAAAAUCACAGAAUGUGGAGCUCGUUCCUAUGACGUUGGUGCGACAAAAGUCUACCUGGUGGAAGUGCAGAAUCCUGUCAAAGCGGUGGCCCUCAAAUUUGGCAUAAUCACACGAAGUGAUCCGCUCAGGUUCAUAGUUGAGUGUCGCUACAGUAAAACGGCCACUUCUCCAGCCGCUGGCCAAUAUUGGCUACAUGGUCAAGAUUCCCAUGCCGCCAUCUUUAAAAGUAGCUCUUCUGGUGUUCAGUUGAAGCUUGCUGAAGAUGAGACGUAUUCCAGUUUCUAUCCCACGUACCAUCAGCCCUUGCGCCUGCUCCUUGGCAAGCCUUUGUAUCUCGAAUUGCGCCUGUCGUCUCUCAAACCAGACGAAGUAAUUCUUGUCAAGUAUUGUCUAGCCUUCCCUCUCUCUGCAAAGAAAGCUCUGGUGCUGAUCCAUGAAGGGUGCGCCAAUCCUAAUGACGCAAACGUGUCCGUCCUUAAAGUCAGUGAUAUUCCCAAAAAUCACAACCAGAGACACUUUGUAGUGGAUGCCUUCCAGUUUAUGGGUCAAAAGACAAACAAGUACCUGAACGAAGAGAUCUAUUUCAUGUGUUCUGCAGAAGUUUGUAGGCCAAAAGAAAAGAGCUGUGAAGAGCGGUGCUUUGAUGGAAAGGCACCGUAAGGAUUUAGGACUGAAGACCUCUUACUGAAAUAAACAUUUUUAAAAUGGUGA